GCGCACUGGUGGCAGUCCGGAGCGGCAGCAAGAGCUCAGUACAACGAGGAGAACUCGACGAGUCCACACCGCGCGACUCCAGCGAAAGGAGAAAAGAGCACGCCAGACAGAGACUGCACAUUCAGAUCAGCCCCUACAUCUGGACAGAGUCGCCGCAGCCUGGAGGGGGAACGAGGGAUUUGAGCAGCACCGUUAUUUUUUCUUUUGUGUUUUCUUUUUUUUCUUUUCUGGGGGAAGGAUUGUGAGCGUUUGUCUGCAAAGAUGAUGGUCGGGGAGAUGGAGGUGAAGGAGAGACCGAGGCCGAGUCCCGACUAUCUGAUGCAGCUACUGAACGAAAAGAAGCUCAUGACGAGUUUACCGAACCUGUGCGGCAUCUUCACACACCUGGAGAGACUCUUGGACGAAGAGAUAAACAGAGUGAGGAAAGACAUGUAUAAUGACUCAGUCAACGGUCUGGUGGACAAACACCCACUGGAGUUACCAGAGCCAGUGGGACCAAUCGUGCAUCUGCAGGAGAAGCUAUUCGUACCGGUUAAAGAGUACCCAGAUUAUAAUUUUGUAGGGAGAAUUCUUGGCCCUCGUGGACUCACAGCGAAGCAACUGGAGGCAGAGACUGGCUGCAAGAUCAUGGUGAGAGGGAGAAGCUCCAUGAGAGACAAAAAGAAGGAGGAACAGAACAGAGGGAAGCCAAACUGGGAGCACCUAAAUGAAGAUUUGCAUGUACUGAUCACAGUGGAGGACACACAGACACGUGCUGAGAUCAAGAUGAGAAGAGCUGUCGAAGAGGUCAAGAAACUACUGGUGCCUGCAGCAGAAGGAGAAGAUAAUCUAAAGAAGAUGCAGCUGAUGGAGCUGGCCAUUCUGAACGGAACAUACAGAGACACCAACAUCAAAGCGCCAGCGGCAGCGGCUGCUCAAGGCCCUCGGCUGAUCGCGGCCCCUCCGGGUCAGGUCCUCCCCCCAGCCACCCUCAGGCCCCCCACUCCGGCAGGGACCCCCAUCAUGAACAUCAUUAGGCCCACUCAGAUGGCCACUGUGCUACCCAAUGGCACCCCUACCCUGGUGCCCCCGACGCCUGAUGCAGGCAUUAUCUACACCACGCCCUACGACUACCCUUAUGCCUUGGCACCCACGUCUCUGCUGGAAUACCCCAUCGAGCACAGCGGAGUCCUAGGUAAGCGGGCGUGGGGGCUUGGCACUUCACCCUUUGGUGUCCCGCAAGAGGGCACUCCCGGGGUGUUUUACGGGGGCAUAUUGGAUGGGGCGUCACCCAGCCCUGUUCAGGACUCACUGAAAGGUGCAAUGGCUACUAAAGUGCGGAGACAUGAUUCACGGGUCCAUCCUUACCAAAGGAUAGUGACCGCAGACAGAGCCGCCACCGGCAACUAACAAAUGACCUCUGAACUCUGAACUCUUCACCCAAUGAUGAGCCGCCCAAGCCUGCCUGCUGAUCAGAUUAACUGGUAAUUGCCUUUUGCUAGCCUGGUGGACGCAGAGAGAGAGGCACCUGUCCAAGCAGUGAUCCUAACACAAACCAACAUAAAACACAACAACCCUCCAUACACCAACACGUUGUGUAGCGAUAACAACGAUGAUAUUCUUUAUUGUUUUGUUCAUUUUUAUUAUUAUUAUUUCUUUCUUUUUCUUUUUUAAAUCUCAAAUGACUGGGUGGAUGUUAAUAGUGAUGUUUCGUUACCCGAAAACCUGCACUGAAUUUAAAAGCAAUAAAGAAGCGUCUUCUGCUAAUUCAGCCCUUAAAUGCAUUUAUACUCAAACUCCAGUAAAAAAAAAAAAAAAAACUUGGUGACCCUAGUUUUAUCAGUCAUGACGCUAAACAGGGCAUCAGAAUCCAGUUGUCUAUCCGCUAUCCCCACCCAUUGAAACUAUCAAAAUGAAUCAACAAAAGAAAAAGAAGGAAAGAAAUCUGCACUCACACCAACUUGUGUAUUUCCUGCCCUUCUCUGAUGUAAUCCUGUGUUUUUCAGUUGAUGAGUUUUACUGUGCUGACACAUUCUGGGUGUGCCUGUCCAGCUGACUUAGAGCAUGGCUACAAUGACAGACUGCAAAAAGCUUGUUUUGAUUUCUUUGUUCUGUUACCUCUCCCUGUUUUUUUUUUUUUUCUUAUAUUUCCAUGUAAUCUUAAUAGCGUUUGGCAAUACGUGCAGGUGUAUACGUGCUGUACCUGUGCCAGCUCAAUAGGGGGCAGUAGGCGAGAUAUUGGGGAGAAGUUUUUUGGAGUCUUUAAAUCUAGGAUAUUCAGGGUUGGACAGCUGGGAUAUGAACCGGAAUCAGUUUACCGAACUAUGCCAUCCCAAAACUCUCAACCCUUCCCCACAUACAGUGCCUGAACUUUCUAAAAAUCUUUCUUUGAAUGAGCUGUGAGAUAAAAGACAAAAAAAAAGUAUUAUGUGUGCACAUUUAGCCAAAGGGUUUCCAUUUAAUGAAUUUCUUCUAUAUAUAUAUAUAUAUAAAAGUAUGUAUCUAACCGCCAAGGGUUCUGUCAUUUUAGUCUAGAGUUUGAGAAGGUUUGAUGUCAUGCCUGCAUCUGUUUGUUACAAUAGCGAAUCCUUAAUGAAAUGGUGAUGAAUUUUCCCAUAAGACGCUAAUUUCCCCGAGGAUGGACAAAAGCAUUGAACACUAAGGAAGAUGAAUGAGGUAGACAGAACUGGGGGGAUGGCUUUAACUCACUUCACACCUUUUUCUGCUUGAUUAAUCCAAAUUUUCUUAUUUUGAUGUCUCCCCCAACCCUUGUCCCAACUUCCAAAAAAGUGUUAAUGUGAAUUAAAACUAAACUUGUAAAAUGCCUUCACAAACGAAAAACAACUCUGAAUUAUUUGGAUUUGCCGAAUUAAACAGCCCAUCCACAAUGUGUCCUGCACACAACCCCACCCCCCUCCCAAUCUCAUUUCUGUACACCCUCUCAAGAAAACAUAGGAUGUGAAAGCCAUGUCUGCCUGUUCAAAUUGCUUUAUACAUACAUAUAUAUAUAAAAUGUAUACAAAUGUAUAUAUGUCAUUGCAUACUAAAAUACAGAAAGAUCAAAAUUAGAUACUUUUACAGGGUGCUGGAGAAGAAAUAUAUUUUUGGCAAUUUUAGCUUUUUAUACUUAACUUGCAGUUACAAAAAUAUGAAACCUAAUAAAAAAAAUUAAAUAAAUAAAAAAAAAAACAUUUGUAGAAUAGUACAGCGAAAGGUGGUAAAGAAAUGUUGCGUGAUUUUUGGAUACUAUUGGCCAUGGGGGAAAAAAAAGCAGACCAAAAUAGUCAAACCUUGGAAUGUCGGAGGAAUUGCAUGAUGUUAAAAGAGAAGAGAACAGUUAGAGAGAGUUAAGUGCCUUAUACCAGCGGUCGUUUUUUUUUCCCGAGUGUUACAUUCUGUUCAAUAAUAUCCAAUACAAACUAGUGCGGAGCGAGCAAGGGAAGGUUUGUGAAGAGGAAGCACCCCAAGAGUUAAACCACGAGGCUGUUGCAGUGUUGUGCCACUGAAUCUAUUCUAUGCAAAGGAAUAGCAGUCAUUUGACCAGCUAACUAUGUGCCAUGAUUCGUCUUCCCGACAUUAAUUUGAAGUCUCGUUGUUUGAUGUUUUUCCUUUAAUCCCCAUUUGAACAAAUUGUUUAUUUGUUCUUUUUUUAUCAUUGCAUUAUUCUUAUAUUACGAGGACAAAAUCAGCAAUGCUGUCUAUGUAUUUGGUUACUGUGAUUUCUGUCAAGAACAACUGCCAAUCAUGAUGAUGUGGAAGUCUGCCAGGCGUUUUAGAAUAAGGAGAUUUCUCAUUUAAUUGGACUUUACCUAAAACCUCCUCUUGUUUCAAGACUUGCAGACUGGAAACUUUCAAUCAUUGCUUCAGUUUUUUUUCGUUUUGCUAAAAUAUACUGUUUUUUAUGCCAAGGAAGUGUUUUUGUGUUUCCUGUGUUUUGAGAGAGAAAUGCAUAAUUGUUUAGCUCACUUUGGGUGUUUCACAAAUGCAAGAUGUAGCUCUGCAGUGCACUCAACUGUGAAGAACACAUAAUGCAGAGAGAGAAAGAAUCUAGCAUUUAUUAAAAGUAUUAAAAGAAAGGGCAUGUAGACAUUUGUCUGCUGCCACAUUAGUGCCAAACCUGAGAUCACAGAAGAGCCGCAGUAUCAAAUAACACACACUUUUCAGUCGUUGAAACAACCGGAGGUGUUCAUCACAUUCUAUAAGAUUACACUCAGUUUUGUGUCCUGUAACCCUGGCAGCCUUCGGUGUAGUCUUGUUCUCUUCAGUUUUGUUACUCAAAAAGGUCAAUGUCUUUUUCUUUUUCUCCUCCUCAGUGUUAGAUACAUGUUUUUAAGCAUAUUGAAAUAAUGAAAUGCAAUAUUAGAGAGGUGCAGAGAUGCCGUAAUGAACACAGAGAAACGGACAGUAUUAAACGAAUGCCCUCUGCCAUGUUACUACGUGCUGUUAUUGUUUUGGAGUUGGGUUUUAGUCUAUCAGGUGUACGGAGAAAUCUCUUGUGUUCUCUUCCGCCUGCCUACUACAUGUGUAAUAAUGUAAAUUACAGCCAUUGUUACAGGUUUCUAAUGUAUUUUUCUAACUUCAUUUUCUAUGUACGAUUCAUUUUUUUCUGAUCUCUUUUGUGAUGAAACCCACUACACACUUUUAUUUUGGUUUUCCCAUGUCCUCUCUUCUCCUCUGCCCUCCCUCUCGGCCCACUCUUUACUCAGAUCUAUCUCUCUCAUUGGGAGCGUUGCCUUUUCCUCCAGUUAUUUUUGUUUUUCUUGCUGAUUCUUUAGCUUGUUUAACUCAUUAGCAACUUAUUAGUUCCUCUUGUCAUAGGUAUUUUUACAUGCUUGCAUUUAGUUUUUAUGGUGUAUGCUGUUAUUUUUUCUUAUUAACCUCCUUGGCAUUUAUUUUAAUAAAACAUUCUUAGUAAGAAUUUUACUAACUUGCUGAUAUUAUUUUGUGUUGUGUUCUUUUUUUUAACCAAUUUAAUGAAUCUACUACCUUGGUCUGGUUCACGGACUAACACGAUUAAAUCUGGUGUGUGAACAUUCUCACAUUUUCUCACAAAUAUGCACAUGUACAGACACACUCAUACUCAAAUGCAUUUUCAGAGGUGCAGACACAUUUAAUCUCUCGAUCUCUCUCUGUCUCACACACACACAAACACACACUCACUCUCUUCCACGCAGUCUAACAGGUAAAUGUGCACGAGGCAGUCCGUCCUCCACUCGCUCCUGCACUCUUGUCGCUGUAGAAAUCUUCCCAAGUGUGUUGUGCUGCCAUGCCUUGUCUGCAUCACUGUUCACGCAGUUUACUGGUGCUACUGGUGUUUCCUCUUUUAUUUUGUUUGAAAAUGUACAAAAACAAAUGCUGCUUUCUCUUAAACUGGGUGUAAUUGGAAUUUAGAUUUUUAUAGAGAUUGAAAAGGGUGAGUUCAUUCCAAAAUGUAAAUUUGAGCUUUGCAAAUAUACACGCAAGAGCACAAAUCAAUUUCUUUUAUGAAGUCUGAGAUGUUUCUAUUAAACAGUGUAUUCACACAAAAAUCUCUUCAAAAUUCACCAAGAGCAAAGAGAAUGGAGCAGUUUUAUUUAAGUGUUCUGAACAAACAGGAUUGUUUAUUAGGAACAUAGUUUUGGACUUUGUGGAAACAUUGUGACUCAUACCUGCUUUACAUACAUUCACUGGUUCUUGCUGAAGCUCAAACAUGCUGUGUGUCGAACACGAAUUAACCUGUUUUUUCACAAGUCAUGCAUGUUUGAGCUUCUUAACUUUCGGAUCAAUGUUUAUAUAUAAAACAAAAUAGGAACAGUGGUUUUUCUUUAGAACGCUUCAGUCAAACUGCUCAAUAUUCUUCUGUUUUUGAUUUCUUUAUGAAUAUUUUGAAAGAAAAUAUUGAUUAAAGAGAAUUUCAUAGAGGGAUUUUAUUUGAAUAUAUUGGUAACACUUUCUAUUGAGCUGUGUAAAAUUCUUGAUGCAUUAUAAUGUUUGCAUGUAACAAACUACGAAAAAAUGUCAUAUUGAGAUAAUCAUACCAACAAUUUUUUAGUUAAAUCGUUAAGCAGUACUUUAAAUCCAUUCAUUAUUAAAUUCAAAUGUAUCCUGAAUAAUUUCAUAAGAAUAAAGUUCUAAAUUUCUAUUUUAGAAUUUAGUUAACCUCUUAUUUUAGUUUAUGUUUGUGUAUUCAUUUAUAUUAGGAUACUUUUUAAAUCUACAUGAUUUCCCCCAACACAUUAGAAAUCAAUAUAUAUAUUUAGCCCCUUUUGUUUGCCAGGCAAAGAGCACUUAUUAAUGAUGUUUUAGCACUUUAUAAUUGGGAACACAUUUUCUAAUUAUCACCUUUGCAAUGUCUAGUGUGUAGUUUAUUAAUAUUUUAACUAUUUAACUGCCUGCUCUACCAAAUGGUUGACCAUAUUUUGACCGUUUUAAGUAAUGACUGUUAAAGUCAUUUUAAGAGUGACUUUUAAAUAAUGGUUUACACACAGCAUUGUUGGUUUACAAAAAAAAAAAAAACAUACAAAUAUUAUCUUUUUGUUCUGUAACACUUAAUUUUGGUUUCAUUGUAAAACAAACAAACUAGAAUACAUGUUAUUCUAUACAUGUAGAAUAUUUUAUGGCAAAAAAAUAAAGAUUUAAUUUUCGAAGAUGUUUAUUUUUGAUGCGUUUCAUAUUUUCAUAUUUUUCAUAAUAAAUGUAAUAAUUCUGGUACUAAUACCAUAAACCAACAUAGCAACCAUUUGGUAGAGACGGAUAUUUUAGAAAUUUAGGGAUGUUGAAAAAAAUGUGAUAACUAGCAACAUUAAGAGUUAAGAAACGCAAUCCAACGUUUUUCUCGGUGGGGCAGUUAAAAGGGUUAAUGUAGUAUGUAUCCGUUUGGUUGAGGUGUAGGAUUAAGGGAUGCAGUCAUACAUGAAGCAAUAAUAAGCCUAGAUAGCCAAUCUAAUAACAAUAAGAAACAUGUAGAAAAGCCUCCUUAAUAAAGUUUUACAUUUAAAAAAAAAAAAAAAAAAAAACAGCUUUGUUUUUGUCACUGAGCAGUAAAAUUAACUACCAUCAACACACCAUAAAAUAUGAAAGGGGUAUAUUUUUAACUUGAACAAAUUUAUUAGUUAUGCAUGAGAAUAAAUAAAUUAUAUAUUAAUACAUUACGAAUACUGUUUUAAUCCAUUAGAUUUACAGGCUUUAUGGAAAGCGUUAUCAAAAUAUCUUUAUUUGUGCAACAAAUAUGCACUAAAUCCAUGGGGGUUUGGAGUGUGAGUAAAGAAUUAAAUUUAAAUUUUGGGUUGAACACUCUUUUUUUUCUUUAAAUAAUACAAACUCCAAUGAUAACUGGAAAUUUGACCCUCAGGAAUCAUUGUAUUUACUGCCAUGGUCGAAUGUAUGAGCAAAGUAAUGUCCAUUCUGGCCCAAAUUCUCCAGUGCAUCUGUUCUUUCAUUCAGACUUUAUAUAUAGUUUUUGAAGGUCGUUUGACCUGCAGAGGCGGCAGCGAGUCGGUGUCUGGAAGGCCUGCUAGCUGUUUGCUUUCAGAGCAUCUAAGUGGACAAAAAUACUAACAAACUAGUCUGCCCUUGUAGGAACUGCUUGGAUACUAAAGGCAGUGUCCUCACUGUAUAACACAUUUACACUUUUUUUUGUCUGAAGGAAAAUGUUUUAUAAGCACAACCCAAUCACAAUGUGUAUUGAAGUGUUCGUUUGUUUGUUUUUUCUGUUCAUUGAAAUUUAAGUUUUUGCGCAUUGCAACUGCACAAAUAAAUGUUUUUUUAGACCAUCU